CUUUCAUCUUCUUUUUUUAGGUUUCACUCCAAUUUUUGUACUACAAUCAGCUAUUCCCUCCAAAGGUUAAUAAGAAAAAAUAAAAACAAAACCUAUUCCUCUGUAUCAUCGAUAGUUCUCUUCUCUCUAAUGCUCUGCUCAUCUUCUCAAUGCAAAACGAUUAAGGUUUUACAGAAUUCACCUUGUAAUUCACUUUGUUGGAUGAAAUCCUACUUUCAGCUAGACAAGGAAGUAUGCGAACUAGAGGUCACAACAAACUGGACAUGCAACUACAAAAUGAUAAAGAUCUACGACAAUAUGUUGAGAAGUUUCAAGAUGAAAGGAACAUCGAUUGAGCCCAAUCUUAUUGAGCAGUUAAUAAGUAGUCAGAAUCACUUUGAAACUCAAGAUCAUGAUGUUCAUUCUAAUGAGUUGAAUAUUUCUGUCGAUGGCAAUGAAGAAUCUGAUCUUUUCCUUUCUAGGUAAUCAAGAGACAAGAAAUGUGCGUGGAACUUCCUCCAGGGAAGACAAUUGACGUGUCAUUUAAUAUUCGCAACCAGCCUGUUGGAAAAGAAGGUCGAACGCUUUCUAGCUUUGUAGGAAUCAUUGCAAGGACUCCAGAAUUAAUACCUUUACACGUAGAUGAUUGGAGAAAUUUUGACAAUGAAAAAAAGAAGAAAUUGUUGAAUUUUGUGAGGGUAUGAAUUAUGAUGUAGUUAUUAUUAUGAAGUGAAGAAGAUAAUAUUUUUAUA